UCUCAAUCGGUACUUUAUCUUUUGGAGCUAAAUUGUUCCCUAUAGCAACUAAAAGAAUUAUUUUUAAAACAAUUGGUUUCACUGCAAUCUACAGAAUUCUUAACUGUGGGAUAUUAUAUAAAGAUGAUAAUACAAGAUAAUGGUAACGAAUCGAUAAAUACAGUCGGCAGCUGUAGACGUUGACGGUGUACAACGGUAUUACUAUAAUACGUCGUUGAUGUUUAUGGUGUCAUUUGUUGACAUAAUAGUUUAGAGAAGGAUCUAAGUAGCAAAUGGAUUCAAAUAAAUUUUAUUGUCGUAAUACAACGCCUGUUACGUCAACAUCAUCAGUGACAUCAAAUGGAGUCGGUACUACAACGUCGCAGCAGGAGUACGCGCCUAGUGAUUCAAAUUAUUCUGCGAGUGCGUUUAAUUGCAGGGAAUCACUUUCACGCAGUAACCACGGCAGUGGAAAAUCUUCGCACAACAACUUGCGCGUCAAUAACUGCAAUGUUGCAUACGGUAACGCUACCAGCAAUAGUGCAGUUAUUGCCGUAUCAAGUGCUGGCUCUGUAGCUUCAAGCAUAAAUAACGGCGGCCAUUGCAACAAUUCCAAUGGAGCUGGGAAUUACAUAAAUGUAAUGUCAGUACCAAUGGGAACACUACAAUAUCAUCGAAGAAAAUUAACACCACAAGAGUAUCAAUCUCGAUUGUAUCACAACACUGCCGAUUACAGGUGUCGCGAUGAUUAUUAUUCGGGCAGCAGUGGAACAGCUGGAGGUGGAGGAGGAAGUAGUAGUGUUACUGGCCGCAUUAAUACAGCUUCACCGUCACCCUCAAUACAAUUACAGGGACAAGGACAGCAGCAACAUCAACAACAGCCACAACAAAAUCAUCAAUCGCAACAUCAACAACAUCAUCAUCACCACCAUCAAAUGUCUCAGCAACAAGCUCACCAACAUCACUACCAUCAUUAUAAUCAGCAACAAACAAAUUCUGCUGGUGGUAUCCAGCAACAACUACAGCAGCAGCAGCAGCAACAGCAGCAACAUCAACAUAAUAAUACGUGUAGUCCCACUUCAACAGUUGAUCCUGGUGACGAUACAUUGAGCUGUAGUUUAGCUUUAGGAAAUGGUCGUAUGGUGGCAGCGACACAAACACAUCUGAAUAAUAACUGCGACCAAGUGGUAGCUCCCACAUCGUUGGCAAUGAGCUCAUUACCGUCUCAAGUACCACCAAUAAUGUACACAGUACAUCGAGUGGUGACCACGGCGCAAAUACAAACAGCUGGUGGCAACACAUUCACGUCAUCGUCGAGCGUCUCUAGCGUAGUUAGUGCCGUACGAAACGAAACAGAUAACAUGGGGAAUGUUUUAACACCGGUAUCCUCCUCAUCAAAUCCAGGAUGUUUUGUUGGUGCCGGUGAUAUUUCCGGUUGCAGUGCUAACAUUGUUGCCGAUGGAAAUAUGACAUCCAAUGUCACAGCCGCUCAAACACACGUACAUUAUUCCCCAGGCCUCAGUACAAAUGCAAACAACUAUUUGUCAGAUCAAUCUAAGGGUGGUGGAUCAACGGAUGUGUCUAGGACAGGAAAUUUGCCGAUAGGAAAUGCUCCAUCAACGUCAACUAGCAGUUCUGCAAACGGUGUCAAAACUACAUCUUCGAUUUCUAGACCACUUCAAAAUGUGAUACCAACAUGUGUGUAUUUAAUGUCACGUGUUGCUGUGCAUAUGGAGAUUGAGGGGACUGCCCAAUGUCCAUCUCAGGUGAUGUUAGCUGCUGCACUAGGCUGUGAAGAAUUGGGAAUAGCAAAUAAGUUGCUGGCACAAAGUAUAUUUGGUCUGUGGAUGACAAGUGCGCUUCUAGAAAUUCAACUUAAAUCACACCAUCGACCUUAUGUUGUCCGAGUUGCAUGGCCAAAUUUACUGGAAAAAUUUAGUCAUGGAAAUCCGAUCGAAAAGAAAUAUGACGAACCUAUGAUUAUGUUGAAACGAAAUGUAUUUUUCUCGAAACGCGAUGAGGAGAAAAUAAAAGAUCAUCGAAUACUGGAGUUGCUAUAUGAAGAAGCCAAACAUAAUGUAUUGUCCGGCCGAUAUAUUAUGGAAUCUGUACAUUCACUAAUGUUGGGAGGUAUACAAGCUCGUAUCGAACUGGGCCCCUUCAAUUCACAUACUCAUACGGUUAGUUUUUUUAGAGAAAAUCAAUCAAGAUUUUUGCCUCAACAUGUUGCUAAAAAUUCGAGUUGGUCAUGGCUUCCGGUUAGUCGGAAAAAUUCAGCAGAAGUUCGCCUAUUAGAACAAUUCAAACGUGUGCCACAAACAGCGACGACACGUAAAUUAAUGCGAAAAUAUUUGGAAUUUUGCUGGGCUCUUCCUUUCUAUGGAGCUGCCUUUUUUCAUGGGCAGGUUGAGCAACCUGUACGGGGUCUAAUGAGUUUAGUAAAUCAUAAGGAUGUCCAAGUGCUAAUUGCGGUAAAUGAGCGUGGAGUUUUCAUCAUAGAUCCUGCGGAAUGUACUCUACUCCUCGGAUUAAGAUAUGAAGAUCUUUCAUGGGAUUUUGCUAAGCCUAGUGCCACUGACGAUCCAGAAUGUCAAACAUGUAUAUUUCUUCAGUUUGAUGCUGUGGAGAAUGGAAUACAAAUAUCAAAAUUAAUGCAAAUAUUCUCUAAACAAGCGCCAAUGAUCGAUGCCUUAAUAUCUCACUUUGCAGAAAACAUGAGAAAACGAAAAUUAGAGGGUAAUACAUCAGAUCAAUUUCAUGAUGAACCGAAUCCAAUACAAAAUAACGGAAAUGGAGUGCUGUGUAAUAAGCUGUCACGUCUAACAUUAGCCACGUUUGACGAAGAAGGACGAUGCAUUGGACAAAUGGGAUCAUUAUCAAUAAGCUAUUAACAAUUGUUUUAUUUUUGAUUUUCGAUUCUUGUAAUAUAUAAUAUAGAACUCAAUGUAAAUCAGA